CAAAAGGCAGCCACGCCCACACUGCCAGCCGCAGCUGUGGCAGACGGCGCGGACAACUGCUACAUGCAGCAGUAUCAGAAAUAUGCCACACACUGCGAGACAGCGGACAGCGGCAACGGCAGCGACCUGGAGAGCAACAGCGGCCCCGUACAGGCCACACUCAUACUAACGGACGACAGCGAGGAGAGCGAGCCCUCCUCUUUGAACAGCGACAGCCUCAACUGCAGCAGCACGGAAUAUGUGCGCCAGGCGGCAGCUAAGCCCAGCGGACAGCUGCGCCAGCGGCACAAAUCGCUGCGCAUGCUGGGCACGCUGCUGCCGGACUCGCUGCUGCGUGACAUACGGGACAGACGCAGUGCGGAGUACGUGGUGCAGUUCACCAGCCCCGCCGAGGUCAAGGACAAGCCGCCAAACCGGCAGCCCAAGGCAGUGUCUAUAGCUGAGCCAGAGACGGAGCCAGAGUCGUUGCGCUUGUCGCGCGAGUCGCUCAACGAGGCGAACAUCGAGGAGCUGCGUGCGGCGGUGCAGCGGGCCAACUUUGUGCAAACCGGUGAACAGACUCUGCUGGCCGCCACGUCGCAGACGGACAGCAGCAACGGCAAUGGCAACAGCAACAGUAACAGCAACAGCAACAGCAACAGCAAUCGCUGCAGCAGCAACUACAAAUAUGCGGACGAUCAAUACUACAGCUUUCACAUAAACGAGCACGAGAACUUCAGGAGCUUUGUGCGGCACGGCGACCAGCGGGACGCGGCAGCUGAUGAUGAGGAGCACGACGUGUUCGCUGGCUAUCGAGAUGUGCGCAGCAGCGCCAGCUCCACACAGUCCACAAUACGCUCCGCCAAGGGCACGGUGCGCGGAGUUAAGAAUCGUGUGCGCAAUGGAAUAGCCACGUUCUUGCAGCUGCAACAGCAGCCAAAUGCUAAGUGCUUCAUGGAGAAAGACCUGGGCAAGGUAGUGCUCUAUACGACCAGCAUGGGCGUCAUACGAGACACCUACACGAAAUGUGCCAAUGUCAAGCAGAUACUGCGCACUCUGCUGGUCAAGUUCGAGGAGCGGGACGUCUUCAUGAGCGUCGAGUAUCAGGCUGAGAUGCGACAGCGCAUGCAGAGCUCACAGAUCCGGGUGCCCCAGCUGUAUGUGGAGGGCCAGCACAUCGGCGAUGCUGCGACAGUGGAACGCAUGAAUGAAUCCGGGGAGCUGCGACAGCUGCUGAAGCCCUACAAGACCAUUGCCAGCAACUACACCUGCCAGACCUGCGGCGGCUAUCGGCUACUGCCGUGCCCCUCGUGCAACGGCUCCAAGAAGUCCGUGCAUCGCAAUCACUUCACGGCCGAGUUCGUGGCGCUCAAGUGCAUGAACUGCGACGAGGUGGGCCUGGUCAAGUGCCACAACUGCUGAGUAGAGAGUUGAGCCUUCGCACCAUAUCUAUAUAUAUACUCAUAUCUAGCAGCUAAGCGCACUAUUUGCAUUUUGUAUAACCCCUAAUCGUAAGCCCAGUUUAACUUAGUCAACAACAACAACAAGAACAAGCAUGCAAACAUACUAACUA